AUUGCAGUGAUAUGUGGGUCUGAGUGUAUUUCUAGGGUAGUUGCUGCAUAAAUUAUUCUUUGCUAAUUACUGUUAUUUGGAUUUAUUUUAAGCAAUGUUCUUUAUUUUCUGGAAAGUGACAUUUGAGGUUCUGCUCAGGCCCGGUUCUAGUUAUGCAUAUAUGAGGAACAUCAUCUUGCUACACAUUAUGCUCCAGCAUGUUUAUUGUAGUUGUUUAUUAGUGUUGUCUUUAUGGGAUUGGAGUAAACUGUGUAGUGCUGUGCCAUUUACCAGACUGGACUGGUUUUCCCCCAGUUGGGCUUCUUUUAAAUAUGUUGGACUAGAAUAAAAGAGCUUAGUGAGGGUUGUUAAAAUGUGGGCUGCCUUCACAACAUUUGGAGGGUUUUUAGAAAUGAUUCAUGGGAAAAGUCAUCAUAAUAAUUGUCAUUAUGAGACAGAAAAGUAAAAACCUCCACAUCUCAACAUGUCGAUUCUUUGUCCUCAUAUCAGUAGUUCAUUGAUUUUAAACAAGAGAAUCUGUUGAACUAGACACCAUCAAUCAGUGAUGGUCAUUGGUUCAUCAGCUGUCACUGGGAGAUUAUACUGGUCAAUUGUAAACGGCCAAAACGCUGUUAAGAGUUCAUCUAAUAUAGACUGAGGUGCAGCCUUUACUUUGUUAAGCUUUGACUUGAUGUGGAGAGAAAGCUUCAGGCUCAAGAGGAAAAUACAAAAGAUAUCCAGAAAGCUAAAAUCAGACCAACACCACAACCCAGUUGGAACUGGUGCUGGUCAGAACAUGCACAGACACGUUUGGAGGCAGGUGCCAAAAAGUGGCAUCCAUUGGCAAAUUAAUUUAUAGAAUUAAAAUACAAAACCAGGAUAUAUUUAUGGUUUUCUAGCCUGGCUUUUCCUGGCAUUAUGCUGCAAAAUGACUGAAUGAGAUCAAUCAAUGUUCUGCAUCAUAAUCAAUAGAGACUGAACCAGCUGAGAACACAGUCAACAUUAUCAGACUGUUUUCUGACGGAGCUGAAACAUUACACUAAUAAUAAACCAAUAUACCAAUAUUAAUAUAAUUCACCACACUUUCAUGGAGCUCAGCUUUAGACCUGCCUUUCAUUUCAAAUCACAAACCUACUUUAGGUAGUUAAUGUUCACAUAUUAUUAUGCUAAUAAAAUCAAACAGAUUCCUCAUUUCUGCAUCAUAGAGGAUCAUAUUCAGCCUUUGACAAAUAUUAGCCUGUAAUGUUAACCACCCAGCAACAUGAUUCCUCAGCUGUUGGAGUAGAAAUGCUUGCAUGAAAAGAGCUCCUUGAGUUAAAGUGACUUUUACACAGAACAGAGUUUAGGCUAGCAUGCUGCAGUUAUAAAAUACUGUAUGUGUGUUUCUGUUAUCAGCACUUUACUGUGAGAGUUACUAGACAUUGAGAAAAAUGGUUGUAGCCAUGAUGUUUCUUUUCUUCAGACUUCAACAUCAAAAUAAUGAAGUGAAAUGGUCUAAUCUGUCUGUCUGGUUGUAAAUCUCCCUCUCUUUCUUUCUUCUUUAAACCUGACAAACAUCAGUCAGCAGCUGGACAAGGCUUUGAAAUCACAGAUUUUAGGAGUAAAAACCAUGUAGGCAAUGCAGUCAUGCAUGGAUGCGGAUUGGAAGAAAAUACAAGUGUUUUUCAGCAGGUUUACCGACCCCUCUCUCUUCAGCCCUUUUUUUUAAAGAAACAUCUGGCCAGAAGCUGCUUAAUGUUUUUUAGCAGCUCUAUAAUAAUCCAACCUUUGAGGAACCUUUCCUUCUCUCUGUUGAUGCCUCCUGCCGUGGUCUUUAGAGCCUUUGCCAGUAGAAACAUAGUCAUGCACACUUUAGUUUUUCGCCUUGAAGUGGGUGGUGUACGAUUGGUUUCAUCUCUGGUUGAGGAGUCAUUGGUUUACUGUUUGGACGGAUAAAAACCCUCUGACUUUUAUACUCUCUAUGUUAUCAGAGGUGGAUUGCAAACUAGCAUAUUUCCAGUUUGACACAGUAGACAUUCCUGGUCCUAAAAAUGCGGUUGCUGGUAUGCUGAUCAGGGAACCCUUUGUGCAGUGUUCAGUCCCUCCCAUCGUUUAAGACUACCAUAUUAUAAACCUCUGGUUGAUGCAUAAGCAGUGGCCAUUGGUGGAGUACAGAAGGUCUUCACAUGGACUGUUUACUCAGUUUAUAAGGCCAUCAUAUCGCUUCUCAAUGCACAGCUGUUGUGCAGGCCGGAGUGCUGACAUCUUCUGAGGUGGAAGCUGUCCUCCAGGUCCAUAGUGAACAUGAGUCCAGGGUGUGUCCAGAUGCUCUUCUCCUGCGUCAAUGCUCUCAAACUCUGCUUACAACAAACCGUACUGACUCUGAAGUCUUCUCUUGUGAUGAGCUAGUGGGUCAGCAGAGAUGUGAUAAUGUACUGGGUAGGUUGAUCUUCUAUGUGGAAAGAGGACGGAGACCAUCAAGGAGAGAGCAGGCAAAAGAAGCAACCAGUACAAAGAGGCUUCUGAAGGCAUGAGACAAGUUGACAGUGCAGAAUGGUUUUCUGUACCGAGUCUCGAAAACCCAGUAAAAAAAGGAAACACCUAUUUGUAUGUUGUUCUACCGACCGUACAUUCUGCGUUAUUAAAGGGUCUCCGUGUUAAAGCGGGACACCGAGGCCAGCAAAGGACGCUUUGUCUUGCCAGGCAGAGGUUUCGCUAGGUUUCAUAUAACAAAUGAUGUCUCAGAGCAUGUGCAAUGCUAUAGAUGAUGUGUUCUUAACAAGUCGACUGAGCCAGAGGCUGGAGCACCUUUUGAGGAAAAUUAACACGUCGGAGCCUCUUGGGCUGAUUUGUAUAGACGUCUGGUUGGCAGAGGAUUCUGCAAACGAAUCAUUGGGUAUGUUUGUGGUCACUGACCACUUCACAAAGACUGCACAUGCCUUUCUAUGCCCCAACCAGUCUGCCAUGGCAGCGGGGCAUCAGCUGUGACGUGACUACUUCUGCGUCAAUGGUUUUCCAAAACGUUACUCUCUGAUCAGAGAGACAAUUUCGAGAGUGUGCUCAUGGCUGAGCUGUUGAGUGUAGCAGGUGUCCAGAAGUCCAGCACGACUCCAUACCAUCCAAUUGGAAAUGGUUCCUGUGAAAGGAUGAACCGGACUUUGGGCAAUAUGAUUUGUGCCUUACCCCCUAGAGCUAAGCAAAGGUGGCCCGAUACUCUGAAAGCUCUCUUGCUUACAUACAACUGUGCUGUCCAUGAGACAACGUGCUAUGCUCCCUUUCUGCUAAUGUUUGGUAUAGUGCCAUGACUCCCAGUUAAUGGACUCUUUAGCUCUGCCAUUGAUCACCAUAACAUCCUGGACUAUGACUGGAAUGUCCAGACAUUGAGGAAAGACCUCAAGGAGGCUAUGGAGAUAGCCUAGGAGACGGCAUCCAGACAACUGCAGCAUCACAAAGAACUCUAGAUCCAGAGGGUGCGAGGAGCCCCAGUAGAGAUUGGUGACCUUUUUAAAUUUAGAUGAACAAAUGGGGUCAUGGCAAAAGAAAACUUGCUCAUUGUUGGGAGAGUGUUGUCUACGCAGUUGUUGAAAAGAACAAUCAAAUCGCAUUUAAGCUCUAGAAUGGUUCCACGGGGCAAGUUAAAGUUCAACCUGAGAAUGCCAGUGAACGUUCUCCCAUUGGAGGAUGCUGCAUCGGAGGAAGAAGUGGAUGUGUCGUCUAGACGUUUCUCACUGGUGAUGGAGAAGCUCUCUGCGACAUACUGGGGGAAGUCCAGACAAGUGGAAGUUCUGUGGAGGAAGAGGAGGACAGAGCAGAGCUUCCAUUAUCCAGCUCUAUGCGAAUGAAGACUAACUGGUCCAAAUAAAUGGCUCUAAAACUCAAACAGAAACCCUCAAACAGCAGAGGCCAGAAGCACAGACGGUCUCCAGGAUCCAGCUGUUUUUCUAUGUUCAGUGACCUUUCCAAAGAAGCACCUCCAGACUUAAGUAAUGAACAUGGACCAUCAGACCCAGAAGGCCAGAACCACAGACAGUCUCCAGGAUCCAGAUGUUCUUCUAUGAAGAGUGACCUUUCCAAGGACGCACCUCCAGACUUCAGUACCGGACAUGGACCACCAGACCCAAAAGGGAGGAAGAGGAGAGGUGUCUGUGAUGAGGAGCAGAUGUCCUGCUGUGUUUUGUGUCGGGACCUCCUGAAGGAUCCAGUCUCUACCAGCUGUGGGCCCCGGUUCUGCAGACAGUGCAUCAGCUUAUACCGGGACCAGCCCACUUCAACAAGACCCUCCUCCUGUCCCCAGUGUGGAAAAAGAUCCAGAAGCAGCUCUGAACGAGAUGUUGGUCUGCAGGAGGUUCUAGAGGAACAUAAGAUCAGUCUGAGGAGGAGAUGUGAAUGUGUGACUGAAGGAAGUGAUGAAACAGGAAGUAGAACCCUCCUCAACAGGAUCUACACUGAUCUCUACAUCACAGAGGGACAGAGUGAAGAGGUUAAUACCCAACAUGAGGUGAAGCAGCUGGAGAGAGCUUCCAAGAACCAGAACCUCCAUGAGUCUCCAAUCAGGUGCCACGACAUCUUUAAACCCUUACCUGACCAGCAUGGACCCAUCAGAGUGGUUCUGACCAACGGCGUCGCUGGUGUUGGAAAAACCUUCUCAGUGCAGAAGUUCACUCUGGACUGGGCAGAGGGCUUGGAGAACCAAGAUGUCAGUGUGGUGGUUCUGCUUUCGUUCAGGGAGCUGAACUUGAUCAGAGAGGAGCAGCACAGUCUUCUCACGCUGCUCCAUGUUUUCCAUCCAACACUCCAGAAGCUCCCAGCAGAGAAGCUGGCUGUCUGUAAACUUCUCUUCAUCUUUGAUGGCCUGGAUGAAAGCAGACUUUCUCUGGACUUCAACGACAGUCAGCUUGUUUCUGAUGUCACCGAGAAGUCAUCAGUCAACGUUCUGCUGACAAACCUCAUCAAGGGGAACCUGCUGCCCUCGGCUUUCAUCUGGAUAACUUCCAGACCUGCAGCGGCCAAUCAGAUCCCUCCUUCAUGUGUUGCCAGGGUAACAGAAGUACGAGGCUUCACUGACGCCCAGAAGGAGGAGUACUUCAGGAGGAGGUUCAGUGAUGAAAAGUUGUCCAGCAGAAUCAUCUCCCACAUCAAGACCUCCAGGAGCCUCCACAUCAUGUGUGGAAUCCCAGUCUUCUGCUGGAUCACUGCUACAGUUCUGGAGAACAUGUUGACCACAGAGCAGAGAGGAGAACUGCCCAAGACCAUGACUGACAUGUACUCACACUUCCUGCUGGUCCAGACAAAGAGGAAGAAGAACAAGUACCAUGAAGGACAUGAGAGGAGUCCACAGGAGCUGAUGAAAGCUGACAGGGAAGUUCUUCUAAAGCUGGGGAGGCUGGCAUUUGAACAUCUGGAGAAAGGAAACAUCAUGUUCUACCAAGAAGACCUGGAGCAGUGUGGUCUAGAUGUCCCAGAAGCCUCGGUGUACUCAGGAGUUUGUACAGAGAUCUUCAAAAGAGAGAGUUUGAUCUUCCAGAAACCAGUUUACUGCUUUGUUCAUCUGAGCAUCCAGGAGUUUCUGGCUGCAGUCUACUAUUACACCAGUAGGAACACAGAGGUGCUCAAACGCUUUCUGGGAGAAGACAAAUCCAAAUCUCUGGAUUACAUCCUGAACCGAAUCAUGGAGAAAUCCCUCAGAAGUAAAAAUGGUCACCUGGACCUGUUUGUCCGCUUCCUUCAUGGCCUCUCUGUGGAGUCCAACCAGAGACUCUUAGGAGGCCUGCUGGGUCAGAGAAAGUACAAUCCAGGGAUUCUUCAGAAAGUCGUCAGGAACCUGAAGAAGAUGAACACUGGUUUUAUCUCUCCAGACAGAAGCAUCAAUAUAUUUCACUGUCUGAUGGAGAUGAACGACCUUUCAGUUUUUCAGGAUAUCCAAAAGUUUCUGAAGUCCAAAAAGAGAUCAGAGAAGAAGCUCUCAGAGAUCCAUUGCUCAGCUCUGGCCUACAUGCUGCAGAUGUCAGAGGAGGUUCUGGAAGAGUUGGACCUGAAGAAGUACAACACAUCAAACGAGGGACGACUGAGACUGAUUCCAGCUGUGAGGAACUGCAGAAAGGCUCGAUUAGUCAGAUGUGAGUUAUCAGAGACACACUGUGAAGUGGUGGCCUCAGCUUUGAAGGCCAACCCCUCCAAUCUGACUGAACUGGACCUAAGUUGCAACAAACUGGGAAACUCUGGAGUGAAGCUUCUGUGUGCUGGACUGGAGAGUUCAAACUGUAGGCUCGAGAUCUUGAGAUUGGUAGACUGCAGUUUGUCAGAGAUCAGCUGUGCUUCCCUGGUCUCAGCUCUGAAGUCCAACCCGUCCCAUCUGACAGAACUGGACCUAAGUAAGAACAAACCGAACGAUGAUGUUGUGAAGGAGCUCUGUGAUUUCCUGAAGAAUCCCUCCUGCAAACUUGAGACACUGAGAUUGUGGGGCUGCGGUUUGUCAGAGCUCAGUGGUGUUUCUCUGGGCUCAGCUCUUAGGUUCAACCCUUCCCAUCUGACAGAACUGGAUCUGAACGAGAACAAAAACCUGAGAGAUGCUGGAGUGAAGGAGCUCUGUGGUUUUCUAGCGAGUCCACUUUGUACACUAAAGAUAGUAAAAUUGAAGGGCUGCAGUUUAUCACAGAUUAGCUGUGCUUCUCUGGGCUCAGCUCUGAAGUCCAACCCAUCCCAUCUGACAGAACUGGACCUGAGUGUGAACGAGCUGAAAGAUUCUGGAGUGAAGGAGCUCUGUGGUUUUCUACAGACUCCUCUCUGCAAACUACAGAUAUUGAAAUUGUGGGGCUGCAGUUUGUCAGAGAUCAGCUGUGCUUCUCUGGGCUCAGCUCUGAAGUCCAACCCGUCCCAUUUGACACAACUGGACCUGAGUCAGAACAACAACCUGAAGGAGUCAGAUGUUCAGCAGCUGGAGGAUCUUGUAAAGAGUCCAGACUACAAACUGAAUCAUGUGAAACAACUGAUCAGGUUCAUCUUUGUCACAGCUCUGAGAUCAGUCUGACUGCAGCCUGGAAACCACUGGCUCUUAUUUCACAAACCAUCAUUACAUUUAGUGACCAUGUGGUCUUUAUACAGAGCAGAAGCUCUGCUGAAGUCCACUCAUCACAUCUGGACAUGUGUCCUUCUGUCAUUAGCUUCAUCCAGAUGUGUUCAGGGACAGCCUCCAUGUUUGUUUGUCAGCUGAUGUUUCAGAAACAGAUGAGAUGUUCAUCAACAGCCAGAGUUUGUGUGUUUAAAUGGAGCAGCAGUUGACAUGUAGCAGCAGUAAAUAAUCACUACAGUGUUGGUGCAGAAAUGAAGCCUUCAUGACUCUCAGCAGUUGGUUUCCACUGUGGACUGGAGUGAAACCUGCAGAGGAACCAGACUUGAUGCUGAAAGUGUGUGCAGGUGUGUGAGCUUGGAGCUCAGUGUGUUCACUCCAACACGUUAACAUGAGAGCUGAAAGGAAGCUGGCUACGCUCCACAGCUGCUCCACAGCUGCUCUGAACAGGACUGAAGUCCCUGCUGCUCUUUAUACUGGAUGUGCUGCAUCACUGACUGACAGCUGAUGGAGAGAGGCUGGAAACACUCAUUGAUCUCCUCUGUUGCUCCUUCUUCUCUCUGCAGGUUGAGGGCAGAUUGAUGAUCUUUGUUCAGGAGAGAAGCUGAGCUGUGUCCUGAUGAUCCACAGAGGUUGAAGCUGCAGCAGUUUGAGUUUAAAGAGACUCUGACUGGAUCCUGAUGAUGAACUCUGAGUUUAGAGAUUUUUAUCCUGUUUAUUUUCUAAUGUCUGUCAUUUAGUGUCUGAUAUUGUUUGUCUCUCUGGACCAAUGAAGAUGAAAUUAAACCUCAAUUCAGACGUU